AAACAUUCGGUGCAUUUGAUUCGUGAACGACAUUCUCAAUCGUCUGUUGACCUCUGUCUGAUUCUGAUGUUCGGUGACUCAUCUGUAGACUUCUUUGUAGACGGUACCAAAACGCAGUGUAAUUCACUACGUACUGGAGAUUCAAUAAAUACUGACUCGUCACCUCUUACUCGUGUGAAAUCGGCUUGCUUCGUCGGUUUUACUUGUCCUCUACCCCCUCACAUGCUUUCUGUUCACCGUGACUCCCUCGUAGAAGUAAGAGUAACCAGAGGGUAGAUUAGAAUAACACUUCAAGCGCUAUUUUUUCAUCCAUUGAUGAGUCUCUCAUUGAAGUCACCAAUAAUUUCCUGUUGUUCCAUCGAUAUAACCCCACCUUCUCAGACGUAUACCGUUAUCGAAUCAAUGGCAUGGUAGCGGGCUACCAGUAGUGAGUACUCUACAUCAUAUCUCAUAUCAACAGUAACACCAGCACUGUCAACUUGUUGUAUGCUGCAGUUGGACACCGACACAUGCGCUCAUAGUUCCGUUACGGAAAAAGGCCACGAAGGGUGACCUCGAAAAUCCACAGGAAAAGCUCGCUUGUUCCGAGACGGAGAAUAAGCCCGAAAUUACGGUUGAAGAGAAGACCAAAUUAUAGGAGCGAUACAGGCCCUUCGAUUCGUGCGACAGCUGCACGGAACAAGUAGUGGACUAUUCAAAGGAAAAUCUCCUCUACGGGUAAAGAUACGCACUCGUGGUGAAAAUACGGAAACGCUAGUUAAGGACUAGACAGUGAAACUGUACUACAUCCUGCGAGUGCGUGACACAAAUACUUGAAGACAAAUCAUGACGAUUUUGAACCGUGCUUCUUCGGUGCCAGCACUCAGGUUCCCUGUGGGAUCCGGGGGAAAGCAGAUUCCCAGUGGCUUUCAGGGCGCACCGAGCUACAGUUUUGGAGCUGAAGUGUACUGAAGGCUUUUUUUGUUCUCUCAAAUUCCAUCUCCAUGAGGUGGAAAAAGCAGGUUCGUCUUGAAAAAUAAGUAUGAUGCAUCGUGUUUCUAUCACAUCAUGAUCAUCAUGACCUGAAUAGUACACCAAGAACUAGGAGAUUAGAAGUCGAGAUCGCAUUAUAAUGACCCCUUCUGGCCUUUCCUCCAUCCACAUCCAGGUAUUGCAAAACUAGGGCGUCACCACGCUCCAGUUAUCUUGGAGUUAUAGAGACACCGGGUCCGGGCACUUAUAACAUGGACAAGAUACCUCCAGAGGUGCGCACGAUGCCCCGAUAUAGCAUGGGCAAACAGCUUCGCGACAAAGACAUGGCUAUUGCACCUGCACUUGUCAAUCGAACGUACUGAAUUAGUUUUACUAUGAUCUAGAUGAAGACACAUUUUUCUGGUGAAGAUGUUGUUGUACUAGGUGCAACAGCCAAAUGUUGAAUAAAGGUACUUGAAUGUUCUCCUUCCUAUUCGUCCUCUCUUUCGGGCAAAGAUAAAUUGUUCAGGUACGUGUCCCACAAGAAUGUUACAGUUCCGGGUCCUGGACAGUACGAAGCCGAUGUAAUGACGCUAAGAAAAGCGGCUCCACUUUAUAGUCAUGGUCACCGAAGACCAAUCGCGAAGGGCUAUUGGUCAAGGCCGAAUCCAGGACCCGACGUCUACAGAAAAGAAAAUACACAUAGUAAGUCCUUUCUGUGACAUUUGUUAUUUGGCUUUGGUAUCUCUUGCUAUUGCUUGAUAGGAUCAAUACAGACGACGUAGUUGCUGCCGUAACUUACCUUAUCGGAUUGACAACUAAAAAGCUUUAUUGUCGAUUUACCUCUAAAACUACAGGGCUGCUACAACGCGAAUUCCCACGGUGGACUUUUGGACGAGAAGACGGAAGAAAAAAGAGCUCUGAGGUGAAAACGUCGACAACCCGGGUUGUCGGUCCUGGAACCUACCGUCAUGCAACAUGUCUCGUUCCAACGUGAAUCACGGUGGCUCUCUCCCUAUAAGGUUGCGUGGCGAGAGGGUUAUGCUGCUGAAGAUCGUCAUACUAGGUUCAAUGUUGUGAAGAGCAUGCUUCAUAUUCACGUGGCAGGUUUAAAUUGUUGCACGUGUGUCUUUUUUGUGCAUGAAUAGAUUUGGUUGUCAUGCUCUACAUUAGGUAGUCGAAACAGCAUAGUAAUCCACACUUCUACUUCACGAUUCUACCGAUGCCCAUUGUCAUUGUCUUGUCCGUCUUUUUUGCAAACACCUUGAGGAAAUCUGCGAAUCAAUAGAAUUCUUUCGAAAAAAUUAUGAACAUCAACAUAUUAU